CAACAAAAUUCAAAGUGAAUACAAACAAAUAUCUAGUCACGCAAAGUGUUUCUCGCAUCUCAAGUGUUCUCAAAUCGAUACAAACACAUUACACUUACAAUAUGCGGGUGGGAGAUUCAAAAUCAAGCGAUGUCAAUUCUUCAACUUUAUACUUUGAUAUCAGUGAUGACCAAUGGCCGAUUGUUUAUCGGUCAGAAUACGAUGUACGAUUCUGGGGGUUGGAGUUAUUACAUCCCUUUGAUGCGCAUAAAUGGGGGCGUGUUGCAAAUUUCCUGAUUAAAAAUGGCAUGCUCGAUGAAAAAAUGAUGGUAAAACCUUUCGAAGCCAGCAAAGAAGAACUUUUAAAAGUUCACUCGAAGAAAUAUUUAAAAACUUUAAACUGGAGUUUUCAAGUUGCAAUGAUUUCUGAAAUUGCUGGUCUGGUUAUGGUACCUAAUGUGAUAGUACAAAAACGAUAUUUAAAACCAAUGAGAUACCAAGUUGGUGGUUCAAUACUAGCUGGCAAACUAGCGCUUGAACGAGGUUAUGCCAUAAAUAUUGGAGGUGGUUUUCAUCACUGCAGUGCCAUUAAAGGAGGCGGAUUUUGCCCGUACGCAGAUAUAACGCUAUUAAUCAAAAAUAUUAAACAGUAUUACAACAUUGAUAAAGUUCUGAUUGUUGAUUUAGAUGCGCAUCAAGGAAAUGGUUACGCACGUGAUUUUUUAAACGAUCAAGACAUCUACAUAAUGGAUAUGUAUAACUACGCAAUUUACCCUGGUGAUAUUCCAGCAAAAAAGGCUAUCAGAAAGAAAAUAGAGCUAGACUGUUACACCAAUGAUAAAGAAUAUCUCCAAUUAUUACAAACGCAUUUAGAUGCAGCUUUAGAUGAAUUCCAACCUAAGCUUGUAGUCUAUAAUGCAGGUACAGAUGUCCUAGCAGGUGAUCCUUUCGGGAGAUUGAGUAUAACAGCCUCAGGAAUCAUUCAAAGAGAUGAAAUUGUAUUCAAAAAAGUGCGCAACUUAAGUAUACCGAUUGUCAUGUUGACAAGUGGUGGAUACUUACCAGAAACAGCUUUUAUUAUAUCAGAAUCUAUAAUAAAUCUAAAGAUGGUUAAUCUGAUUGGGCCAAAAUAGUUUAUAUAAAAUGAUAUAAAGUAUAAAAUGAUAUACAUUGAAUGUGAUAACUAUUGUAAAUUUUGAGUCUGCAGCUUGUUAGCAAUAAAAAUAUAUUGUAAACCAUU